GCCGUGUUCGACCUGAGCAAGGCGGAUAGCAGCGCACUGCCUUGGUCCUUCCAGUCCUUCAGCGUCAACUCACAGGCUGAUUUGGACUCAAUGCGCACCUCCCUGGGAGACUCCCUGGAGUAUCUCGAGGCGGACCUGCAGGCCACCAUUGGGCUGUACGAAGUGCACUCGGACACCGGAGCCUCUGCCGCCGCCCCGUUGGCAUCCGCAUCAGCACACGGUCGUCGCCUGCAGGCUGCGAACGCAUCCACAACUGCAACUGCAACCUCAUCCGCAACUGGGUCGUCCUCAUCCCCUGCCUCCGCCUCCGCAAGCGCCUACGCUACGGCAGGUGGCGCCGCCUUCGCUCCACCAGUGUACGGCAAGGACACCACUCCGCUUAUUCCCACCGCUCCUGCUGUCGACGUACCCACCAUCAGCGAUGACGAGGCCGCCGCUCCCAGCAGCACCGAUUCCGAAGCCCCUUCCAGCAGUCAGUGCGCUUGCAUCCAGAUCUACGCGCCCGUUUGCGGUUCGAAUGGUAAGGAGUUCAGCAAUGCUUGCGAGGCCUGGUGCGCGGGCGUGCUGACGUGGACCCCAGGCAGCUGCGACGGCACCGGCCUGUUUAACGGCAACUUUAGCGACGGUGGCUUCAGCUCGGCUGAGACCGUCGACACCAACCCUCGCUCUUGGGGCCUGGACCGCAUCGAUCAGGUGUCGCUGCCGCUGAACGGCGGCUACAGCCCCGGUCGCCUGGACGGCGCCGGCACCCACAUUUAUAUCCUGGACACGGGUGUGCGCACCAGCCACUCCGCCUUCUCGGGCCGCGUGGGCGAGGGCACCUCCAUGCUGGGCGGCAGCUACCAGGACGACAACGGACACGGCACACACGUCGCAGGUACGGCGCUGGGCGCAACAUACGGCGUGGCUCGCGCCGCCAUCCUGCACCCGGUCAAGGUGAUGGACUCGCAGGGCAGCGGCUCCUACUCCGACAUCAUCGCCGGGCUGGGCUGGGUGAAGGACCAUGUGGCGCGUAACGGCUACAAGCAGGCGGUUGUGACCAUGUCGCUGGAGGGGCCCCGUGCAGCAAGCCUCAACGAUGCAGUCACUGCCCUCACAGACGCUGGUAUUGCGGUGGUCGUGGCGGCCGGUAACGACAAGGGUGGUGACACCUGCAGCUACAGCCCUGCCUCCGCACCCGCCGCCAUUGCGGUCGGCGCAUCCAACCGCGAUGACACCAUGGCCUCCUUCUCCAACAUCGGCAGCUGCGUCUUCACUUUCGCGCCUGGGUCGUACAUCGUGUCGGCGUCGUACUCGGGAGACUACGCGGAGGCGACCAUGUCCGGG